AUGUGUCGUUAUUUUCAGAUGGGUAAAUCGACAAAAGAUAAACGUGAUAUUUACUAUCGUUUAGCAAAAGAACAGGGAUGGCGUGCGAGAAGUGCAUUUAAACUGUUACAAAUACACGAUGAAUUCAAUAUUCUAAAUGAUGAUGUUAAACGUGUUAUUGAUUUAUGUGCGGCACCGGGCAGUUGGUCACAAGUUCUAUCUCGAACAUUAUAUAAAACAUAA